AACGCGCUGUCCGGAAAGCAACCACGCGCUGCCUAAAAUUGACACUUGUUAUUGCCCUUCUCUCCACCCGGGCCUGUUCCUCAUUUCCAUUUCCAGCCGAUGUUUGAUUGCUGCACAAGGCGUCGCGAUUCACUUGCUUCACCAGUCACUCUGCUGCUCCUUGCCCCUCUGUAUGUACCUGCUUGGGCUGGUCAUGACGUCCUCACAUCCUUGAUUUAUAAAGAUACGACGUUGCCGGGUGACCGGGGAUCGACUUUGCAUACAACAACCCCUCCACCUCGCCCAUCGCAUUAUCGAUUACAGCGCAAUAAGGCAAGGCAAGGUACCCCGACUUCUCUUUUUUGGGGUUGCCUCCUACGAAUUUCUCAACUUCCUGGCGAACGACGCGCAGACCCACGACGAACAUACCUUAUACUUCGUACCCAACCACCACCACCACCACUGCCACCCCCCUACUGGAUCGAACAUCGAGGAACGAAACGAGGCGCCCUUGCGAACCACCGAGUCCACCUACGCUUUUCCCAUUGAAGCCUACGGCGCAAAUAGUCAAGACGUACUUGACAUCCUUCAACAUCGACAUCAUUCUUUAAGCUCAACGUCGAUUACCGUUCCAUUCGCCCACAUUCAGUAGUAAAUGCAUCGCCAGCUUCUCCUUUUUGACU